AAUGAGAUAGAGAGAGGGAUUGAGAGAGGUGUUGGAUCAGGCAGUGUCCUAGAGUGCAGGGGGUGAGUUGCAUUUGGCUGCAAGAUUCCCUGGUAUUUGAUUGGGAUUUGAAUGGGGAUCAGAGGGAGGAUUCCUUUGCUCGAGGAGCGGACGCCUCCUUUCUUCCCCCCACUGUAACGCAGGAGCACUUUGUUGUGGAAGCGAGGGCAGGGACGGCAGGAAGGAGAGCCGGCGAGAGUUGUUCCCACUUCCCCCGUAGCCCAUCCGCUUGACAGAUGGCACGUUCUGGAAAGUAGCCCAGCGAACAGACUUUUUAUUCCGCGAGGAACUAACUGUGUGGCGACAGCAGCAAACCAGCAAGCCAUCGGAUCGCCAUCCUCCUCUGCGUGCAGUACCUCUAUCUCCUACACACGAGUAGGAAGCAACCAAGAGCUCCAUCAGGGGCUGGAGCUACGGGUUAAACACAACAAAGCCAAGAGCUGUCUCUUAAACCUGCUGCCUUUUGUUUGACCGGUUAACCUUCAAGAGCAGACCCCCUUGAUGCCUUCACCUUUAGCAUUCGCCAACAGUAGCUAGCCAAUCGGGUGGCCGUCAGAGCUGUGUCUCGGUCCGUAGCGUGGAGAAUGUCCCUGAAAGCAUAUGUGUAACUUUGCCUGCCGGUCCCCAGGGAGAGCCCACAGUGGGGUCGUGUUACGGUCCCUGACAGACCUUAUGCAUCUUUCAUCCACCUCUCCCACAACAGAAGCCCCCUUUGUUAUCUAAUCCAGCACUCUCCUCUCCAGCCUGACAGACCAGCUUGAAUGCCACCGCUCGGCGUCUGCCAACCCGCUCGGACAAACGGAUAUCUCCAUAAACCUCAUCGUUGAGCAGAGGAAACCAAGCACUGUCCCGGAGUGUGUCCAGGCUACAACACGUCGGGGGUUGUUUCCCGGCCAACGAUUCUAGAGAGCGAGGGAGACAGAGAGUGAGCUCAUCUUUGCAACUUUUGCUCAACUUUGCAAUUGCAAAAAAAAAAAACAGGGGAGCUGAUGGGACUGCAGUAGAGGUUGCUCAACGACUAUUGACAAUCUCACUUUGUACCACAACAAAUCCUCUCCAGACCUCCGUUGGACCGCUUUUCUCGCUUUUUUACGACAAAGCUUUCGGCCUAGGAUCGGGGGUGGGAAACAACCAAUCCAGCAUCAUGGGUGAGAGGCUGCGGCCGCCGUCUCUCCAGGUGAGCGUGCCAAAGGACGGGCCGGAGUAUUCGGACUGGGGGAACCACUUGGCGUCGGACUGUUCGGUGAAGUCCUGCUCGUCCACGCCAACGCUGCGGCGCAAGCGCUUCAAGAUGCGGCGCAUGAGGAAUGUGCCCAGCGAGCGGGAGAACGCCCGCCCGCCUGUGCGCUCGCGCUCGGGCUCCAAGGAGUACCUGCAGCUGCCCUCCAUCGAGAUCACCCCGUCCAGCGACGAGGACGCGCUCUCCACCUGGUCCAACUGCUCCACGCCGAGCGCCUCGCCACGACGCAAGCGCUUCCUGUUGAGGAAGUGGCUGAAGGUCAGGGAGAAAAAGGAGCAAGGCAGUGAGAGCAGCAGCCAGCCGAGCAGCCAGCAGAGCAGCCAGCAGAGCAGCCAUGAGGAUGACUCCAAUCGCUUCCUGACCCCCUUAAUCCGAGUGGAGAGGUCUGACAGUGCAGCCGACAAGAUCGGCACUGCCAGUAACUCUAACCGGAGCACGCCCGCCUGCUCGCCAGUCCUGCGAAAGCGGUCGAGGUCGCCCACGCCACAGAGCCCGGAGGGUGAGAACAUGGUGGAGAAAGGUUCGGACCACUCCUCCGACAAAUCCCCCUCCACCCCCGAGCAGGUGGUGCAGAGGACCUACUCGCUGCAGUCUGCACGCAGCGGCGGCAAAAACUCCAAGUCUCACAAGCGACUUUCCAAAUAUGACAGACUUAACCUGAUUAAAAAGAGCCAAAGCUGGUAUAAUCAUGAAAGACAACACAUCCUCAGAGUCCUCAGUCCAACGUACAAGCAGCGCAAUGAGGACUUCAGGAAGCUCUUCAAACAGCUGCCUGACACGGAGAGACUCAUCGUGGACUACUCGUGUGCCCUGCAGCGGGACAUCCUUCUGCAGGGACGCCUCUACCUCUCAGAGAACUGGAUCUGUUUCUAUAGCAACAUCUUCCGCUGGGAAACGCUGCUGACGGUGCGGCUAAAGGACAUCUGUUCUAUGACCAAGGAGAAGACAGCACGCCUCAUUCCCAAUGCAAUCCAGCUCUGCACAGACACUGACAAGCACUUUUUCACCUCAUUUGGAGCAAGGGACCGGACCUACAUGAUGAUGUUCAGACUAUGGCAGAAUGCCCUGCUGGACAAGUGCUACGGCAACGAGUUGGGCCUGACCAGUGACGACGAAGACUAUGUCCCCCCGGACGAUGACUUCAACACCAUGGGGUUCUGCGAGGAGAUCCCCAACGAGGAGUCGGAGCUCAACAACGACAACUCCUCCAAGAGCAGUGCGGACGCCAGGCCGGACGCCAGCCCCCUGCCCCCGCACAGGAAGCUGCUCCCCAACAGCAGCCUGCUGUCCGGCACCAACGACCCCGGCCUCACGUUUGACCUGCCGGGAGACGAGUUUGCAGACUGCCUGCCUGAGGGGGAGCUCCUGGGGCUGCCGCUGGCGGCGGACAUGAGGGUGGGCCUGGAGGGGGGCCUGCCGGCGGGCCCCGCCCCCUCGCCCUCGCUGGACUUCAACGACAACGACAUCCCCACCGAGCUCAGCGACUCCUCGGAGACGCACGACGAAGGUGAGGUGCAGGCCUUCCACGAGGACCUGCACGGCAGACAGUACAUCAACGAGGUGUACAAGUUCAGCGUGGACAAGCUGUACCACAUCCUGUUCACCGAGUCCCAGUUCAUGAGCGACUUCAUGGAGCAACGCCGCUUCUCCGAGGUGGUGUACCAUCCGUGGAAGAAGGACGAGGCGGGGAACCAGACCCGGGACAUCAUGUACACCAUCUCUCUGUCCAACCCUCUGGCUCCCAAGACGGCCACUGUCACGGAGACGCAGACUCUGUAUAAGGCCAGCCAGGAGAGCGAGUGUUACAUCAUCGACGCGGAAGUCAUCACGCACGACGUGCCCUACCAUGACUACUUCUACACCCUCAACCGCUACAUGAUCACCAGGGUGGCCAAGAACAAGUGCCGGCUGAGGGUGUCGACAGAGCUGUGCUACAGGAAGCAGCCGUGGGGGCUGGUGAAGGGUUUCAUUGAGAAGAACUUCUGGAGCGGCUUGGACGAGAAUUUCCGCCAUCUUGAGAUGAGGCUGUCCAAGGCGGAGGAGGAGCUGCUCAGCGAGUCCCUCCGGCCCUCGCCCAAGGCCAAGGUGGGGAAGGGCGCGGCGGCACGGCGCCGGCAGCGGCCGCUGGUCCACCUGCUGGGCCUGGAUGAGGCGCUCGGCCCCGUGACCACGCCCGCCGCCGCCGACGUCCUCCACCGCAUCAAGCAGGUGGCGGGCUCCACCCAGACGCGGCGCCAGAGCCCCCAGCACCACCACCUCCCCCACCUGCCCCACCUGCUGCCCAGCGGGCUGGCCCUCUACAGCGUCUCCAAGCUGCUGGUCGUUAUCAGCUUUGUCUUGGUUCUGCUGGUGCUUCUCAAUGCCAUGCUGUUCUACAAGCUGUGGAGGCUGGAGUACUCGGCCCAGUCACUGCCCACCUGGCAGGGCCUGCGACUCCAUGAAAGUAAACUGCCUCAGACCCAGGUGGAGUGGGCACAGCUCCUGGAGUCCCAGCAGCACUUCCACGAUGCUGAGCUGCAGAAGUGGAGAGAGAUCAUCAAGUCUUCGAUGGUGCUACUUGACCAGAUGAAGGACUCUCUACUGAACCUGCAGCGAGGCAUCGGGUUAAGGGACUACAGCUCGGAGGCGGAGGAGAAGCGUAGUCGAUACCACUGACGCGCCGCCCCCCUCCCGGCCCCGCCCCCCUCUUGCCCCCCUCGCUAGGCCCCGAGGGCAUGGGUUACCCUGACCCGAUAUAGGACCGGUUCUGUCGGUGGACCAGCACACAGGCCGCGGCAACGGGACAGACAUGGGAAAGGGCGGGACCAGAGGCCGGCCAGGGGUUCCAAUCAGAGACCACCCAGUGGGAGAUGGAGGCUCACAAUUGAGAGCCACUCCCCUCCCCCUCCUACAGGUCAGAGUUCACAGUCCCCCCCCAUCCCCAACGCAGGCAUGUACGGCACAAAGUGGUCUCUCCCCCCCUCCCCAUCAGCACUGCGGCAUUGUGGGAAGGCGCCGGGUUCGGCUGUACACCCGUGACAACACAGUUGUGACGCCUACUUCCUGCUCUGCUCUUCUACUUUUUGUGUGCGUGCGUUGUCGUGGUUUUCUUUUCAUUAAAGAACAUACUGCUGGAAGCCAAUGGCUAUGGGAAAAGAGAGAGAGUGAGAGGGAGAGAGAAGGAAAACUGCUGCAUGCCUAUUGAGCUUUACUUGGCUCCUCCCUCGAUUGAGUGUUACCAUGGCUCAGGGCUAACACAAUAUAAAAUGAGAAGAGCAGAACAAGAGCAGAGCCAGUCAAGGAGAUGAUGGGUCCUUUCAAAAGUAUUAUGGGCUUUCUACAAUCUUUAGACUGUUCCAAACCAAUUCUACCCCUAGAGGUUCUCGCUGCAGUGUCCCUUUUAUUUUAGGGUUUGUUUGUUUUUGUUGGGGGUUUAUUUUUUUCCUUUCAACUCCAGGCCAGUAGAGUGUGCUGCAGAGCCAGGUUUAUUGUCAGAGGGACAGAAAGAUGUACGUUUUAGUAUUGUAGAAGGUAUCUCAGUUCCGCUUAUCAAUCCCUACUGCCUUGUUUGAGCCUGGGCCCCGUACGGUCUAUAUUAAGGGCUGGUUCCCUGUAUAGCCGGGGCCGAGGUGGUUGUGUUCAAAUAUUUAUACUGAGAUCCUUUUAGGUUACACUUUUAGACUGAAUGUAUUGGCUGCAGAGACGCUUUAUCGGUUUGCAUUGUUUUAUCGUUUUAGUUAGUUUCACAAUCCAAAACAAACCACAGGAACGCUCCUGUUUAGUUGCUGAACGGAUCACUAAACAGGAACUAGGAUUUUUUUACAUUUUAUUUUAUAAACAAUUCAUACAGAUAUCUUUUCACAAUCAUGUUCUUAGGUCCUAGGUUAUUUUCUAAUAUUUUGACUGAAUCCUGACGUCAGGCCGAGUUGCAUUUCUAUGAUCUACGCCCGCGUUAGCAGAGCGCCAGCGCCAGACCAAGUGGCUUGAGAUUGCACGCUUGUCUCCGCCGCACCCCUCUUCCCAGAGAAGAGGUUGUAUGCGGACGGCAACAUCGGAAUUCAUCUUGUUAUUAGAUUGGCUGAAAGGGAUAUUACAGCCGGUCAAGCUGGGGAGGGGACCUGUGUUUUAUUACUAAACUGUGAUUAUAUCUCUAUAAUAUGUUGUAAAUUAGAAAGAAUUCUAUGGAUAUAUUUGAAAUAUAUACCUAUAUUUCAUUAUUUAAUAUAUUUCCAAAUAUAUAAACAUGACUUAUAUUUAUUGUUAAUUUAUGUAUAUAGGAAAGCUAUCAAGAGUUCUAGACCAGUUAAAGAAUUUCUAACAUUAAAGUGGUCUCUUUUGAGGUGCAUGCCAGAUAUGUCUGUGACAUGUCUAGUGUGCACGUUUGUCUGUGUAUUUGCUUGAGCGUGCGUGUGUGUCUACCUGUGUGUCUACUUGUGUGUUUGUGUGUGUGCGCGUGUGCGUGUCUAUGUGUGUGUGUGUGUGUGUGUGUGUGUGUUAUAUGUAACAUUUGUAUCAUUCCACACUGGUAUGUCUCUGGAUAAUUCAUUACUGGCACGUGUAGCCAAAUUGCCUUUGGAUGCAGCCUUGCAGUAGCCCUGACCAGGCUAUGGUUUACAGUCAAAGAGUUUUGUUCCAAAAUGGAGAUGUCCUCUAUAUAUCGAAGGGCGCAUCGGAGCAGGCAACUACUGUCGAAACAUUGCUGAUUGCAAAAGAAAGGAAAAAUCACUAUUUGUAAUCGUGCUUUAUGCUUAUAUAAACCUUUAAAAUCAAUAUACCUUCAGGUACUUCUUUUGCUUUUAGCACUAAAAAUGGCUACGCUGCAUUUUGGAAAUAAACUCUUCAAUCAGCCCCUACGGGUCACUUCCUGUCCACACCAGUACCAUUUUGGGGCAUUUUCCAAUGAAAAAGCUCACUAACUACAUGAGUGAUAAUAUUCUUUCUUAGCCGCUUUAAAAACGGUCUGUCUUGGAUGGAUGGACGGAUGCGACGAGAGCAUGAGAUGGAAUGUAACCACAUAGAAUAUGUACUCUUCACAAAAUGUCAUUCAAUUCAAUUGUCUAUGGUGUAUGAGGAGCAUGGGAAAGGGGUUUGGGCAAUACCCCAAGGGAAGCUAUUUCAGCCCAAGAAGUCUCUCAGCCAAGGAGGAGUUCCAACCUUCUGAAACCUUCCUGGUAUUACAAAAUAACUAAAAAGAAACGCACUUUAUGGAUAGUCCAAAAGUAAAAAUGAAAGAGAGUUGGGAGUGUAUAUAGAUUAGAGAUGAAUGCAGUGCUAGGGAGCUCAGCCCCAAUGUAUCAUCAUAGAUAAUACCACAAACGUACACAAUCAAAAGUCUGAAUCAUUUGCUUUUGGCUGUUCAAUUCUUAGUUGUUUUAAUUAUUUGCCCAUGUUCUAAUAUUGUAAUAACUAUAUUCUUAAAAUUCAGUUUUAUUCUUCCAAAAAUAGAUUGGUUUCACAAAGUUACUUGUGAACUGCCUGAUAAUAUUGAACAGGUCCAAAUGACACCCUUUGGGAUAUCAACCUGGGUCGCGGUGGGAGGGGGAGGAGGCAGGAGGAGAGCCUGAGUUAAUGACACCAUUGUUGUAUAGUGCCUGCCACAGUCAUGUUACUGAAUGAAUGAAUGAAACCAGUGAACGCAUGCUUCAGGGCUGAACCCCUUUGGUGGGCUUCUGUUUUAAAUUGUAUUUUAACACGGCAGUUACAAUCUGUGAAUGACGCUGAUCUACGAACAAGAGAGUACAGAAAUAUAGAAAUCCCCUUCACAAACAUGCUUGAAGGCAUGUUUCAUUAUUUUAUAAAUAUAAAUAUAAAUAUAUAUAUAUAUAUAUAUAUAUAUAUAUAUAUAUAUAUAUAUAUAUAUAUAUAGUAAAAUUGAAAUGCUUUGCCAGUUUGUUUCACAGUGUAAGAACAUAUAUUUUUUCAAUUGCUUGAUCGGUCACUCUAAGAAGCUAAAGAACCAUUCCCUUUAGAUAAAAUGUGGUUGUCCACAGUUGGAUAAUAAGUAUAAUACUUUCUGUCCUUCAGGGUUUUAAAAUGGGUUGGUUUAAUUUAUUUCGCCAGCUGGGUUCUAUUUUCUAGACCAUGCUGUCAAACCAUCGAUUGAAGUACUGAUAUGACAUAAAGUAUUACAUUAAGACUGUGACAUGUGUGCUGAAAAUGCUGCUGUAUAUGUACAAACAACCAGCCAAUCGGAAUAAAGCAAGAAUAUUGUAUCCAUGACUCUAUUACAUGUGACCUAGUAGGAAAGACACAUGGUAUAUCUUCAUGCGCGGGGAGAUGGAUUUUUGCAUUCUAAUAAAUGUCCCUUAGCUUGCUAUGUUCCUCAUUGUAAAUUGCACAUUGGAUAAUCCCAGAUGUAAAUUUAUGAUUUCAUGAAAUGUGUAUUUUUUUUCUUUUUUCUUUGGCUCUGUUAUUCCCUAUCUCUUACUUUCUGCUGAGUAGUGUCACACACAAUGGUAAGAGAGCUCUGAAGGGACCACCACAGUGGUGCAUCCAAGACAACCCAUUCCGAUACCAGUGCCAUGGUUUCAUGGCUGGCCCUUCCACAACUUGUACGCACCACUGAAACUAAAUUGGGGAAUUUCAAAGAUAACCGCUGAAAUUGUCACUCACAUACAACACAGCUCCGGCAACCUUUGGUUUGCCAACACGAUAACAAAGACACACCUACCUUUAGGAACAUUACCAACCAAUCCUGGCAAACUGCAAAUGCUGUUUCUCUCAGCGGGUUUCAACAACAAAAGGUGUCGUUGAGCUGGAUAAAUAAUUCUUUGUUUGUUUGUUUAUUUGUUUCUUUAGAGUCUGUUUGGAUGUCUAGAGAGAACUGUAGUGACUUUAUACAUGAUGUGUAUACUAUGUUGUGUAUAUCUGCGGUGUACACUCCACACACUGACAAAAAGUACCCAAUCCGCGCUGUGCGCAGGUUCUGACUCACCGAUGACUUUGCCUACUAGGGACUAUGAUGGAGGUGGCUUUCUCAUUCAUGUGGAGUAAGGGCGGGACACGGGAAUUAAAGAAUAUAUAUAUAUAUUGAAAAUGAUCUGUGUGUCAGGUGAUUCUGUGUCCUAACAUACAGAGUGUGUGUGUGUGAUCGGUCAACGCUGUCAACAGGACUGGUAUUCUAAGUAUUGAGCAUAAUCUGUUGAAGGAUUGAACCAUUGUGUUAAUAAUUAAUCAUAUUGGUAUAAACAUUUUGGAUAGUGUUACCCCACUGCCAAACUUGGACUCAAACAACAAAACUUCUGUCACAGUUCUCCUCAUCUCUGCUGAAAAUGUGUAGAUCUUUUUGUAUGAAAACUAGCUAGGGAGGGAAUGGUUUGUGGAAGAGGUUACAACUCAAUAGGACAACCAGAUACAAAAUCCCAUAUUAAUUUUCGGCUGCACUUUUUCCAACUAAAACGGAUAUCAAAGGAUCAUAAAGUAUGCAUGUCCAACACAAGAAACUUGUAACCUGGGGACAUGGGACCCCACUCAAAGCAUGAGAAACUAGGAAAAGAACAGGCAAGAACUUUGUGCGAGCUUGUGUGUAGGUUUAUGUUAAUAAUACAGGACUUAAAAACGAAACAGAAAACGAACAUGGCCUCACAAUCGCAAAGGCCUCUGAAAUAAAUUGAACAUUGUCACGUAGAGCCUCUAGGAAUUAGAGAAAAGGAAAAACAUGUUAUGCCUGUUAAUAGUUAAGUCAAUCAGGAGUUUCAGUUUCUGGAGGUCUGGCCUCCUCCAGCUGCUCCUCUAACAAUGCCUCAUACUGUAUUUCAGUAUGUUAUUAUUGUAGAGCGAUGUGAAGGACAGUACUAGUUCCCAUGUGAGCAGCUUGAGCAGCUUUGAUAGCUGAGUCAGCAGCAGGGAAAAGACAACUCUGAAGGAGGAGCCAGACACCAGCACCUGCCAGGGUGCAGUCGAGGCGUGGGUGGGGUCUCCGGCAGGCCUCGGAGGAGGAUGUAUGGAUGGAGGGUACGGUGAGUCUCCAAGACCUUUCUAACCUGCACUUCAUGGUCUCUCAGAAAACACAAUAGAUGGUCUCUCAAAAAGGCCACAAAGAACAGGUAAACCCUGCAAUUAUUGCAUCCGAAUUACAUCACUGAUCAUUGUGUUGUGACAUCAUAAAAGAGCAACUGGUGGGAGUUUGCUGAUUGUGGUAAGUUAAAGAGCAAGUGAUGGUAUGUUCAAAUGCAACCCAAAGUCUGUGCUGGAUAGAUGAGCCACGUUUACUUCAGUCCAAUGGGCAGGCUGGCAGACUGAUCUAUCCAGCACACAUCUAGAUGGACACGCCAACUUGUGAUGUCAUAAGGGGCAGAUUUUCGAAACGGCUUCUAAGGUAAUUACAUUACUUCCAUCCAAUUAGCUUCCCUUUUUCAUUCAUUGCAAAAAAAAUUUGAAAGUUAAACCCGCUAUUAGCAAUGAACUAUUAUGAGAUUUCAAGCGGUUAAUUGGAAUUUCUAUGCAUAAAUGCAUACACAUAACAUUGUUCCCGAAUCACGAAUGUAUUGAUUACAAAUCUUCCUAUUUGUAUGAUGUGGUAAAACUGAUUUCCAAUAAUCAUU